ACCAGUACUGAGAGAAAGAGAGAGGGGGAGGUGAUGAACUGCAAAGUUGCAACAAGUUAGAUGGACUUUGAUCUCUAAUGAGAUGAAUUCAAUUCAAAAUACGAACGUUGUAUUUUGAAAUGGGUGUAAAAGAACUUUGGAACAUUUUAUCGCCUUUGUGCGAUAGAAAACCAUUAUACGAGUUACAAGGCAAAACUAUCGCGAUUGAUUUAAGUGGAUGGGUUGUUGACAGUCAAACAGUCGUGGACAAUGCUGUACAAUCGAAAAUGUAUCUAAGGAAUCUAUAUUUUCGUACAGCAUUCCUUCUCACACAAGGAAUAUCCCCUGUGUUUGUACUAGAGGGAAAGGCACCUGAUCUAAAACACAAAACUAUUGCUCGAAGGAAUGACAUUCGUCAUGGAUUUCGUGAAAAGAAAAUUAAAAAAGUAGGAAGAUCACAAUUUCAACGGGUUCUAAAUGAAUGUAGAGAAAUGUUGAGAUAUAUGGGCAUUGCUUGUGUACAGGGCCAUGGUGAGGCAGAAGCCAUGUGUGCUUAUUUAAAUGAAGAUGGGCUUGUCGAUGGAUGUAUAAGUCAAGACAGUGACUGCUUCUUAUAUGGCGCAAGAAUAGUAUACAGAAACUUCUCUAUAAGUACUCAAGGAGCUACAGGUGGUUUUGUGGAUAUCUACUGUAUAGACCAGAUAGAAAAGAUAUUGAACUUAGGACGAAAUAAAAUGAUUGCAUUAGCUUUAUUAUGCGGCUGUGAUUAUGAUGAAGGAAUAAAUGGUGUUGGAAAAGAAGCUGCUUUAAAAUUUUUCAAGACUGUAGAAGAUGAUGAUGUCUUGCAAAGAUUUCAAGAAUGGAGAACAGACACAAAGUUAGAUAAAAUAGAGUCAAAUUUAUUAAAUCCCGAUUUAUGUACGUCGUGUGGUCAUAAAGGAAAAUUACAAAAGCACACAAAAUCAGGAUGCACUGAAUGUGAUACCAUCAUAAAGUGCAAUGAUGACUACAAAGAAAAGAGAGCAGUGAUGUUAAAUGAGAUAUCACUAAGAAAGAAAGCACUCCGUGACGAAACUUUCCCAAAGCAGGAAUUAAUGGAGGAAUUUCUUAUUCGGAGAGAUGCAGUUCCAACUAAACUGGAUAUAGAAUGGAAGCAACCUCAAGUCAGUCAAUUUAUUGAUUUUAUGGACAAACAUUUAUGCUGGGAUCCACAAUAUGCAUUUGAAAAAAUAUUUACGUUAACCACUAGAUGGCAACUUUUACAUCUACCAAAUCUUACACUUGACAAACGUUUAUCUGUGCCAAACUUAUUUAUUCCCAGUGAAAUAAGAAAGAUACGUAACAUCAGAUCUAUAGCCAGUUACGAAAUUAUUUGGAAGAAAGAACACAGUGUAUUAGAAAUGUUAAAAAAUUAUAAAAAGGAGACACAAAAGAAUAAUGAUGACGAUGAUGUAGAUGAUAAUUUGCUGACCAGCAUUGAGCCACAAAAUUUAGUUUUAACGUGUUAUCCACAACUAGUUGAAACAUUUGAAAGCAUUCGAAAUACAAAGGCAAAAAAAAGAACUACAAAUUCUCGAAAAAAGAAGGCUAUGACGGAUGUAAUGGAGAAUAAUACUGAAAAAAAAGAUAGUGCAAAAUUGUGCCAAAAGAAGACAAGAAAAAAAGUCAUAGAAAAAAAUAAUAGAAAAAUCGAUGAAUUUAUUUCUGAAAAUCGUCCUAUAUCGCUAGAAGAUUCCUUUGAAGAAAUGUCAAUUUCACCAAAAAGAUCAAGGAAGAAAAAUAUUUCGACUGAAGUGAGUAAGUUGGAAAUAAAGAAUACUUUUAAAAAUACAAUUAUGAAUACGAAACAUCUAAAACGUGGACCACAAUUUGAUAGAGUACUAGGAGUAGGAAAGAUACAUUCAAGAUUAAAUAACACGCUUGACAGAAUGUUUAAUGAACUUUCACCUAAUGAUUUCAUGAGCGAAAAUGAAGAUAGUGAUCUUAAUACAACAGAAGUAAUAGAAGAUAUAUGUAGCAAACGAAUUUUUGAAUUUAAUAUUAGAAGUUAUUGCCCUUCUACGAACCAACCUAUAGAGGGAAGCACAAAAAUCGACCUGUCAGAAGCUUCAAUGUUAAAUAUGAAAGAACAUGCAUGUAUUGAGGACGAGGAAGAAAAAACAGACGAUUCUGGUGAUGAAUUCGGUGAUAUAAAUGAAUCAUACAUCCCCAUUAAUCAAAGGAUACAGGUCGAAACAAGUAAAAAACUUUCGUGCAAUCAAAUAGAAAAAAUUUCUACUAUUGAUUUUGAAGAUAUUAUGAAUGAAACGGAUAAUUAAAACAUAAUAAUAAUUAUUAUUAAUUAAAACAUGCAUUUAGGCGUGAAGCAUGCAUUUACGUGAUAUUAUAAAAUGUAUACUUGUACCUGUAAAGUGUAAUAAUUUGUAAGAAUUUAUAAUAUAUAUGCA